AACACUGUUGCGGUGCAGCGCUAAUGGUUUCGAUCUGGGGAACAAAAAGGAACCAUGAAACGUCGCGAUGUUUGUCGGUCACUUCACAUCCCGGGGACCAUCGUUUGCAUGAUCCUGUACAUCGCAUCCUUGUAUUGGUGGACCCAGGGUACGACCAAUUGUUCACUGUCAUCAACACCAUCAUUGAAGACGCAGGGGUUCAACAAUGGAUCCGUGCUGCUCCAAUUUGAGGGGGGCGUUCCUGCCGACGUGACAACUAGAAAUGGCAACAACGAUGACAAUGCCAAGCGACGCGCCUGGGAACAGGCUAUGCUAGCAAAACACCGCAACGCGACUGUGGAAUUAGAGCGAGUGGAUUCGUACGCGCAUAAGGAUACGCGCCACCAAACGCAUCCCGGAUUGUAUCCCAUCGACCCGCACGCUCGACCCCGUCCCGAGUGGCGGAACACUCACUUUCCCGAUAUUAACGUGGUGGGAUUACCCAAGGCUGGGACUACGCAACUCUACAACAUUCUCGUUUCCCACCCCCGCACGGUCGCAUUUAAUCCACUCAACAAGGAGGAGUGUUUUCCUGGAAACUAUUCCGAUGUACUCCACGGAUGGGAUGGCUUUGUUUCCGGGGAGCAGCCGACAGCCAAGCAACGGGCGCUACAGGGAGGCUUGUACUCUACAUUACAGAACUAUCAUCAGGAAAACCCGCAAUCCUUUCCACAUAAAUUGUCCGUCAACGGAUGUUUGAACGGACGCAUUGUCGCAGCAGUCUACGAUUAUUUAAAACCUCCAGCGACCAAAAAGUUUAUUAUUGCAUUGAGAGACCCAGCGGAUUGGCUGUGGGCCGUUUACAAUUUUUGGGCCGUCCAGGACGUAGACGUCGUCAUUCCUGAGGGAGAGUGGGCUCAUCGCGAGCAACACUACCGAUCGCCCGAAAUGUUCCACGAUCUCGUGGCCUCCAGUCACGACAUGGUCUUUUUCGACAACAUGCUAGGACGUCGCGCUUUGGCUGCCUUUAAUUACGUUUGGCAGUUCGAAGCAAUGGUGGGACGGGAGAAUAUUCUCUACAUUCGCAACGAAGAUCUUCUACCAGGGGUAGUCGCGCGGCCGGGAGGAGUCCUCGACCAGCUUGCUGCAUUUGCAGGUCUCAAUCGCAAAGGUUUUGACUCGCAGACGUUCGGCGAGAUUUCCAACUGCAACGACCAGAAAGGGUUUGUGAAAAAAUGUGGAACAUCCAAGAGUAAUGCAUACGAAAUCACUGGAGGAAGAUCCAUGCUUCCAGAAACGCGCACUCUGAUAUAUUUACUCUAUUACGAAGAAUGCAAACUGUGGUCGCAAAGAUACGAUGUUGUCUACGAGGACUGUUUGAAUGUGUUGGAGGCAACUAAAUCUUAGCUGAUUCAAGCUUUUACUGUGCCUUUUUUUCAUGGAGCUUGGAAACGAAAAAAUAUUUCUGAUUGCUCAUACUUGAGGUAUUUUCAGCAACCCCCUUCAGCAGCAGCAUUCCAAACAGUUGCUGCUGUCUCUUACCUCCAACCUGAGCUGUACAACAUUAUUUUGUACUACUGGAGUACGGUUGGUCUAUGCAAAGAGGAGCUUGUUGACUUCAAAGAACGCUGCUACACAGAUCUGUUGAAAAUUCGGUGCAGAAAAUGAGGGCCUUAGGGUUGAAAAAAUUUGCUCCGACGAUGAUAUUUUACGGUGUAGGCUCUGCGUUCACUGACAGACGGAGUCCUGCCUGAUAGUGGUCAUAUAAGAUUUACAUUACAUUAACAGUAAAUAUAAAAAGAUGUUCUCU